UGCAUCAUGUAGAGCCAUAUGUGUCCGAACUUUGUAACCAGUCACACGAAAGCUUGUUCGGACAUAGCUUCAGGAUUUGAGAUAUACAGUAUAUGUAACAUCGACUUCAGACGUCUGUAAUGAAGAUAUGAAUGUUAUCGAGAUGGCCCGAGCUCAGAGCCCUGUCCCAUAGACUGGCAGGAAGGACAGCAGAGAGAUGGAAGGUGCUUGGGACAUUGCAUUCCUGCUCUUCCAGGUGUGGCUGUCCAUAGUAGUGGGGCUCAUCGUGUUACCUGCUAUGUUUGGUGUGUCCCUGGGCUUCACAGAUAUCUACAUCAAGGUGCUGGUUAAGACACUGGAGUGGGCGACUCUCAGGAUCCAAAGAGGACAGAAGGAACAGCCAACACUGCCAUUACAGUCAGCCAGUGGGAUCAUCGAGAAAGAUGAUGGCUCUAUGGAGGAGGAAAUCGGAGAGCUGCGACGAUCCCAUCCUAAAAAUCUGGCGGGGGGAGACUUUACACUGUGUGAUGCCUUCUAUUUCUGUAAGAAAGGCAUUGAGAACAUUGUUGAGGAUCAGGUGACUCAGCGCUUCACGUCGGAGGAACUGGCUUCUUGGAACCUCCUCACGAGAACCAACAGCAACUUUCGUUAUAUCAGUGUGCGGCUCACCAUCAUAUGGGGCCUGGGAGUUUUUAUACGUUACUGUAUCUUGUUGCCUCUCAGGAUCACGUUGGCUGUUAUCGGAUUGAGUUGGUUGGUGAUAGGAACUACUCUUGUUGGAUUACUUCCUAGCAGCAAUUAUUCAAAUGACCGCUGUUUCUUAUAUUUGUCUCAUGGGAUGCAUAACAGAGAGAAUCGGCCAAAAAAAGGAGGUAUCUGUGUUGCCAACCACACCUCCCCGAUUGACAUUGUCAUUCUGGCGAAUGAUGGAUGUUAUGCUAUGGUAGGUCAAGUUCAUGGAGGCCUCAUGGGGGUCAUCCAGAGGUCAAUGGUGCGGUCCUGUCCCCAUGUGUGGUUUGAGAGAUCUGAGAUGAAAGAUCGCCAUGCGACUGCCAAAAGGUUGAAAGACCAUAUUGCUGAUAAAACUAAGCUGCCAAUCCUGAUCUUCCCAGAGGGAACUUGCAUUAAUAAUACGUCAGUCAUGAUGUUCAAGAAGGGAAGCUUUGAAAUCGGUGGAACUAUAUACCCAGUAGCAAUCAAGUAUGACCCUCAGUUUGGAGAUGCCUUCUGGAACAGUGCCAAGUACAACAUGGUGAGCUACAUCCUCAGAAUGAUGACAAGCUGGGCCAUUGUGUGUAACGUGUGGUACCUCCCACCUAUGACUCGACAGGAUGGAGAGGAUGCUGUUCACUUUGCUAACAGAGUGAAAUCAGCCAUAGCACAGCAGGGAGGUCUGGUGGAUUUGUCCUGGGAUGGAGGACUGAAGAGGGAAAAGGUGAAAGAAUCAUUUAAGGAGGAGCAGCAGAAGAUGUACAGCAGUAUGAUCGUAGGCUUAGACUGUCAUGAAGCCUCUGAAGGUCCCGUGUAAAUUUCAUCUCACACUAUUUAUGAACUUGAUCUGAAAGUAUGAAACAAUUCUAGCUCAGCCACCAGACACAAUCAUUCAGCAUCCAUCGGCACAGUGCGAUGCUGCACCUUUUGAUUCAGCUAUAUUUUAUUUAACUGGAAAAAUUUUUCUUGAGAUCUGAACUUGUAAUUCUUUGGCCGUGUUUUUAAAUGUGUACAUAAAUCUUUAAAAUAGUGAUGAUAUAUUGUUACAUGACUUAGUGAAACACUUUGUUUUUUUCCGCUUUGUUCUCAAUCGUUGUUGGGAGUUAGUAUGCCUAGUUUCCUUUACAAUACACUGUAUAGAUUUGCAUGUUAAAAUAUUCACUUCAUCUUCAUAUUGUAUUCCUGUUACAUGAUUUCUUAAAGAUCCUAAAGCUGCACACACUUUUCUCAGGUCCAGUGAGCUGUUCUUGUGUGGACACUAGAGGUCACUCUUACCAAACAAAAAAAAAUUCGAGCCACAUCAGACAGCUCACUAUCAUGAUUGCCUUUCCUAAGAAAAUAAUGAAAUUAAAUA